AUGGAAGAGACGAUUGACUCUCUGAAAUCGGCCAAAUAUGCUUCGUGUCGGCUCAUUGUGACCAAAGUUCCUAUUGACGUAUUUACUGACAUCGAAGCUAAAAAUAUAUUUGAGCAGGUUUUCCGUACCUAUGACAAUUCUUGCGAAUUUAUCUAUCUUCCUAGUUUCCAUCGCGUUAUUGUAACAAUGUCUACUCCAGAAGCUGCUGUGAUGGCCCGAUUGGAAACUCAGGGCUGGCGUCUUCAAUCGGCCUCUGUUGGCACGUCAAAUGCAAACGAUCAUGAGCCAUCCACAGAGUCUGAAAACGUGGGAAUUCGUUGCUACUUUGCAGACGAGAAGGAGGAGCGCGGCAAGUGUCAGCGCCGACAGGUUCGUCCUGCCGUGAAAAGCGCUUCUUUCGACGAGGAUCGCCUCACUGAUGAGGAUGGGGAUGAUGGUGGCACCGAUGAUAUACUAGACGAUAUGGAUACCUUCGAACAUUUGACAUUGCCCAAACCUGAGCGUUUAUUUCUUCUCUCGCCUCCGGCAUCCCCGCCUGUGGGUUGGGAACCCAAGGUUGAAGCAGAACCUCUCAUCAAUUACGACCUUCUCCAUGCUCUCGCUGCACUUGAGCCCGGCAAGGCGCAUGAAUUGCAUCCACCCGAGCGAGACAAACCGGGCAUUGUGGUGACACCGUGUGAGGGCGCAUUGGAUGUGAGGAAGAAGAAGAAGAAGCGAGAUCUGCCCGAAUCAAAGAUACCUCACACCGCUUGUCCCAAUCGAAAUUAG